GAUCGCCGGUGCACUGUGUCCCUCAGACACAGCGGAUCACGGAAAGAGCUGAAGAUGUCGGCUCGGUCAUGUGAUCAGCUGUGUCCAAUCACAGCUGAUCUCAUGGGACAUGUACACUGAUCAUCAGGGCACUGAUGAUCAGUGUGCCCUGAUGAUCAGUGUGGCCCCAGAAGUGCCACCUGUCAGUGCUCAUCAGUGCCACGUGCCAGUGCCCAUCAGUGCCACAUCAAUGCCACAUAUCAGUGCCUAUCUGAGCUGCCUUUCAAUGUCACCCAUCAGUGCCAGUCAGUGCCACCUAUCAAUGCCAAUCAGUGCCACCUAUCAGUGCUACCAAUCAGUGCCACCUAUCAGUGCCAGUCAGUGUCGCCUAUCAGUGCGAAUCAGUGCAAGUCAGUGCCGCCUAUCAGUGCCAGUCAGUGCCGCCUAACAGUGCCAGUCAGUGCCACCUAUCAGUGCCAGUCAGUGCCACCUAUCAGUGCCAGUCAGUGCCGCCUAUCAGUGUCAUAUAUCAGUGUCAUGUAUCAGUGCUGCUUUCAGUGCCCAUCAGUGAUGCCUGUCAAUGCCCAUCAGUGCAACCUACCAGUGCCUCCUCAUCAGUGC